GGGAAGCAGCAGCACUGAACAGGAUCACAGGAGUGCUGAGAUUCAAAGGGCCUGAGAUGAUCAGAAAAUCAAAAGUGACAGAUGGGACAGCCACUGGCCAAGUGGGGAUCAAGAAAAAAUCUAAGGUCCCUGGGGUGAUGAUUACACAGUUUAUCGAGACGCUGCCAGAUGGAAAGAGCCAUCCAGACUUCACCCGCAAGCCAAUUGCUUUGACCAUCCAAGAGGGCAAAUUUGCUUUUUUUAAAGCUAUUGUCACUGGAGACCCACAGCCAACACUAACAUGGAGCAGAAAUAAUGGAGAUGUGUCUGAUACUUCACGAUAUCAGAGUAAAUAUGAUCCCAGUUCCAACGAACAUACAUUUGAGAUGCCAAAUGUUGCCCCAGAUCAAGCAGAUACCUAUAAAUGCUUUGCCACAAAUGAAUACGGCCAAGCCAUGGUCACAGUUGUUUUAAAUGUUAUUGAAGUGGGUUAUAAAAAGAAAAAAGCCCAACAACAAGCAGCUGAAAUAAUGGAAGGGGGCUUUAAGACUAUUCUAAAAAGGAAAAGCAAAGUUUGUCCAAAAUCUGAGCAUCCGGAGAAAAAAGAGGGAGAGAUAGAUCCUAAAUUUUGGGAGCUUUUAAUUAGUGCUGAUAAGAAAGAUUAUGAGAGAAUAUGUGCAGAGUUUGGAGUAACUGACUUUCGCUGGAUGCUCAAGAAACUGAAUGAAAUGAAGAAAGAAAGGGAGGAGGAACAAGCACAGUUCAUCAGAAGCCUGUCUAAUCUGAAACCUAUUAAGGUUAAUGCAGAUGGUACUGCAUCCUUUGAGAUUGACAUGGACCUCAUUGACCCAAGCAGCUCUAUAUUCCUCUACAAGGAUGGUGAAAUGAUUCCUUAUACAAAAGAGUUGGGGGAUAAGAUGAAGCACAGCCUUAAGCAAAUUGGGAAAAAAUACAUUUUCAGUAUGAGAGACCUUGUGCCAGAUGAUGCUGGACUGUAUCAGCUGGAUGUUGAGGAUGUCAAUAUGUUUUCCACUGAUUUCAAAAUCCCCAUGGUGGAUUUCUUGGUGAAAAUUCAGGAAGUAAAAGCAAAAGAGAGAGAAGAUGCCGUUUUUGAAUGUGUCUUGUCAAACCCGUUUUCCAAGAUUUUGUGGUUUGGCAGAAAUAUGCCACUGGAACAGGGUGAUAAAUAUGACAUUGAGGUUUCAGAAGACAAACUCAUUCACAGGCUGGUGGUUAAAGACUGCAUGGUUGCAGAUAAAGGAAUUUAUUGUGCCUGUGCAGGGAUAAAAUCUUCCAGUGCUUGGCUUGUCAUUGAAGCUGAUAAAGAUGCAAACAAAGGUAAAAAGACAGCAAGGAAAACAACAAGGGCAGGAGGAUCUGGCAUGGAUUUACAGAAAAUUGCCAAAGAGCAACAAGCAAAAUUAGAAAAGGCAAAAGAGGAAAGGAAAGAACAAAUUAAAGCUGCUAAAGAGGCUGCAGCAGCUGCACCGCCACCUGAAUCCCAUCCAACUGCUGCACCCAAUAAUGCUCCAGUUGUGGCUGAAUCUACAGCUACCAAACAAAGGGUGGUAAAUGAACCAGCAAUGGCAGGUCCGCAUCCACGGGGUGAGGAGGCAAUAAGCACUGGAAAGCCAGCUGAAUUACAUGUGAAGAUGAACAUUGACUGUGAUGGCACCUGGUUCAAAGAUGGAAAGCACUUAAACUCCGGUGCUGGAAUCACCAUAACCAAAGAUGGAAAUUCUCAUAAGCUGACAAUUCAAAGCUGCAGUGAUGAUAGCUCUGGAGUUUAUCAGUUUGCAUCAGGGGAACACAGCACACAAGGAAAGGUCACCGUUGGAGAUAUACCUGAAUUUGAUCCAGAUGACCUUCACAAGUUCUCCAAGCCUGUUAUAGUACGAGUGGGCCAAAAUGCUACUUUCAAGAUGCCCUUUCCUCCUCAGGAGUCUUUGGGGGUCAGCUGGUUCAAGGAUGGUACUGAAAUCAAAGAUGGAGGAGGAGUUAAGAUUGUGAGGGAGCGCAAUCACAGCCGCCUGUUAUUCAGAGACUGCCUGCGGACAGACACAGGGGAAAUAAAGAUCCAGCUGAAAAACCAAUUUGGAGCCAUAGAGGCCACAUCUGAGCUUAUUGUGCUUGAUCGACCUGGUCCACCGGAGGGUCCAGUGAAGACUGUUGAAACUAGCUCCUCAAUAAUUGAGAUUAAAUGGAACCCUCCCAAAGACGAUGGUGGCUCUGCUGUAACCAACUACAUUAUAGAACGGCAGCAGACAGGACAGAGUCUGUGGACAAACCUCGGGGAUGUCUCAGGGGACAAGACCUCCUUCAGAGACAGGAAUGUGACUCAUGGAAAGAAAUACAAGUAUCACAUCUAUGCAGAAAACCCUGAAGGCAUGAGUGAUGCCCUGGAGACAGCUGAUAGCAUAAUGGCUGGCAUAAUGAUACUCGCUGGGCCACCUGGUGCUCCUAAUGUGGUGAGCACCUCAAAAAGCUGUAUCACCUUGACCUGGACCCCUCCAGAGGACGACAGAGGAGUGCCGAUCAUUGGGUACCAAGUGGAAAAACGAAAGAAGGACACAAAUCAGUGGAUUGCCCUAAACACACUUAAUGAACCUAUUAAAGACGUAAAGUACGCAGUCAAAGAAGUCUCUGAGGGCGCAGAGUAUGAGUUCAGGGUUACAGCAAUCAAUAAGUCAGGAUCUGGAGAUCCAAGCCCUCCGUCUGCAAUGGCGUGUGCAAAGAAUCCAAACAUGAGACCUUGUUUUAAGGACCCAGAGGACUUCAUUGUUGUCAGAGCUGGGAAUUCUGCUCGUGUCAAAAUUUGCUUUGAGGCUGAACCUCCACCUCAGAUCACUUGGCUGAAAGAUGAUGAGCCGAUAUCCUCAUGGAUUAAUAUCAUAAAUACAGAGGGAACAUCUCAGCUUGUUAUUCCCGAUUCAAAGCGAUCAGAUUCAGCCAUCUACACUAUUAAAGCCAAAAACUCUGUGGGUGAGGCUUCAUUCGACAUUGACCUUAGAGUCACAGAUGAACCCAAGGCUCCAGGGCCCGUGGAGCUAAAACAAACAGUCCAUGGAAAACUGGUGGUAUCAUGGGCUCCCUCUCCAGACCAUGAGCUCGAUGACCGCCUGUACUACAUGGUUUCUCAACAUGACUCCCUCACCAGAGUCUGGAAGACUGUGGCAGACCGUCUCUUCACUACCACAUACACAGCCAUCAACAUCCUUCCUGGGACAGAGUACCAUUUCCGAAUAUAUGCCAAGAAUGAUAUGGGUCUCUCAGAUCCAUCCCAGUCACCUACAUGGGGCAUCAACAGCAAUAGAGUUCCAGUAACUUCAAAUGGAGUUAUUUCAGCAGAGGCCUCCUUUGAGAGGCCUCCAUCCAUCUCGGUCCCUUUGAAAGUCCACACACCACCUAAAGGUUAUCAACUUUUCAUGACAUGCGCUGUUAGAGGAUGCCCUACCCCAACUGUAUCCUGGUACCUAAAUGAUGUCUGCAUCAACUCAGACAGUAACUACUACAUCACCAACUCGUUUGGUGUCUGCUCCCUGCAUAUUCUCCGAGUCCAACCAAAGGACAGCGGUGAAUAUAAGGUUGUUGCAGUUAACUCUUUUGGCAAGGCAGAGUGUUCCGCUAAAACUGUUGUCAGAGAUUAAUUGGCACUAAGCAUUUGUGAAGCCUUUCCUCUUCCUGUGGAAAAUAAGGAAUUUAAAUGAAUGAAAUGUUUUGGCUCCCUAUAUAAUAGAAACCACACACUUUCAAAGCACAGUGUGGGUAAAAGAAGUGCAAACUCAUCUGAUGUUUCU